AUGCACCUAGACGUGAAUAGCACCAAGAUCCCUAACGAAGCCGGUAAGGUGAUUUUUAUAUCAACCUACUUGCGCGGCCAAGCAUGGGAUUGGUUCGAACCAUAUAUCCGUGAUUACUAUGGAAAGGAUCCUAAAGAAUGGUCAGCGACCACGAUAAAUAUCUUUAGUGCAUACCGCCAUUUCCGCGAAUAUCUUGAGAACACGUUCGGCGACAUCGAUAUAAUCAUCUCUUACUUAGAUCUGCCUAACCGAGCGUAUAUCCCGUACUUCGAAGCCGGGCUGAGAUCUAACGUUAAGGACGAACUAGCGCGAAUCGAUCGACUAGAAACGCUGGACCAGCUUAUCAAGGUCUUAGUCAAGAUCGAUAAUCGCAAUAACGAGCGACGAUAUAAACGUCGAGAGAUAGAAUAA